CGGUAGCUUCUAGUAGUGACUUGUAUGCGCGCGCGAACACGACGUGUGUUCCAUGUKUCAUAGUCAGACACUUAGUUUAUUGUUUAUUGUGCGUCCGGAUAAAAAUUAAUAAUAAUACAAAUUAUACGAAAUUCGCUUUGUAAURCAUACACGCAUUAUUAUACUCCUCAUCUGUAUAAAAGUAUAGUGUGCAAUGCCAACUCAUCAUAAUCGGAAUCGUAAUAUAUAAAUUGUCAUUCGUUUUCGGUCCGUUAUCUCAGACUUUGGCAAUAGAAGAUUUUUGGAUUCUGCCCCUUACUCAACGCGGUUUUUCCGGGAACGUGCGCCUCACUGUGAUAUUCUGAACUGAUCGGGACCGCUCCACUUAGAACACGCGUGAGCGGCGAUUGYGAUCCAACGUACUUCAGACAUGGCUAAAGUGACGUCGCGUUCAACUCACGUCUUUAUCGCCACUGCAGCUGUUCUCUGGCUGGCGGCCGCGGGAUACGGUCAAGACGAAGUAUCGUCACCUUGCAGUAAUAAUAACGGCGGUUGUCAGCACAUGUGUAACGAGUCUAUAAGUGGUAGCGACGGUUUGUUAGCGUACAGUUGCUCCUGUAACAUAGGGUAUCAUCUUGCAGAAGACAUGCACAACUGCGUUUUGGUCGAAGAAUUCUUGUUGUACUCGGAUGAUAAGUUCAUCAAAGGUAAAGUCUUGAGCAAUGUUUCGCAAGGGUAUACUGCCGCCAUACUGCCAGUAACGACAAGUAAUGCCGGGUCCGCAGGUCUAGAUUUCGACGCCCGUGAUAACUACAUUUAUUAUUCAGACGUUUCUCAGAACAUUAUCUAUAGAAUACACAGAAACGGGACAGGUAAAGAAAUUGUAUCAACCUCUCCAAAUGGAUGCGUGGAAGGUCUUGUCGUGGAUUGGGUGGCAAAGAACCUAUACUACAUCGAUAGUAGAAAAGGUACGUUGAAUGUAGUUAGCACUCGGAAUGUGACCAAUCAAAGGGUGCUAUUGAAGAUCACGAAAAAACCCAGCGUACAGAGAGGAAUUGUUGUCCACCCUAACAAAGGGUACAUAUUCUUUUCCGAAAUGGGUAUAAGCCGUGCGUAUACAGAUGGUUCGAAUCUGAUCAAGUUAGGCAGCCAUAACCAAAGAUGGCCGAGAGGUUUGGCUUUGGAUUUUGCUACGGACCGACUGUACUGGUGUGACGUACUGUCUGAAAAAGUCCAACAUUCGAAUUUGGACGGGACUGAUGUGAGGGAUAUCAUAUCGACUUCAAUACGAAGUCCAUGGUUGAUAACCAUACAUAAAGAUUGGAUGUACAUCAUCGAUUGGGACCGGGACGCUAUAAUGAAAUUACACAAGCUGACCGGCGUCUUAGACAACAUCGAGGUUCGGCAGCCGCGAAACUGGUUGAUGGGCGUGAAGGUUUACAGCGAACAUGAGCAGCUCAUCAUCAAUAAUCACCCGUGCUCGAUCGCGGCUGACUAUGGGGGUUGCCAGAAGUUGUGUUUCGCUGUGCCGUUCAAAAAGUGGAAAAUUUCGUUACUCAAGGCGCGUUGCGACUGUCCGUUUGGCGAGAUGGUUGACUCGGACGGCAAGACGUGUGUGACCGACCCGAACGCCGAAUCGAUGGUUUGCCCGAACGCGCAGGACUUUGCGUGUAAUAAUAUGCGGUGCAUACCCAAAGCUUAUGUGUGUGACGGUUACGACGAUUGUCACGACAACUCCGACGAGGCACUAAACUGUACYAGAGCAGAAUAUACUGAGCAGCCYAGCCCGGUACCAACGGUCGUGACUGUGUCGGGAGGUGCCUCAAAAUGUAUACAAUAUCGUUUAGUAACUACUUUGUCUAUUGUGAUUGCAUACUUAUUCAUUAUUUAGUUAUGUAUUAAAUAUAUUAUCUAGUAUUGUUUGGCUGACUAUUACAGACUSCAGUAAAAUAAUAAAAUAUAAUUUAAUAAAAUAA